AACAAUUUCCAGCGCAAACAGCAAACGAACGGAACUUGCCUCAACUUUUCCAAGACAUUGCGCCAGGCAACUGCAGAGGGAGAACCUAGAGGCGGAAAACUUCCACUUCGAUAAAAUGGACGAAACACCGCCAACCAACCUGGCGGACCUGGUCAACGUCACAAGAGGUCCUCGUCGUGCCCGGCAACGACUGCGAUUCGAGCAGCCCCAGCAGACCCCCCAACGGACGACUCGAUCAUCACAGGCUGCCGCUCUUGAAGAAGCCCGGCGAGCUGCCCUGCGAUCAGUUGGUUCUGGAUUUACACCUGAGCCACAACCUUCUUCAACAUCUACACCUGUCCAUCCAAGGGAACAGUCUUCCGCGAUGCCUCACGGCCAAUUCAUCAUGUCUGAAUAUCUUCAUUUACUUCGCACGACCUUCACCUGUUGAGCCCUCCACCCUUUCAUCCCAUCUCAGCAGCUGCUCGCUGUGCGAUUGGUCCCGUCUGUUUACCGCCGCCAUGGCUUGCAGUAUGGGUGGGCUAUCCUUUGGGAUGAAUUCGCGAUAUCUCCAACCACCUUCACAUCAACCUUCAUGCAUGUAAUAAUCACCUUCAAACCUGACAAGAACCUUGAAUGCACUUUGCCCUCUUCUU